CUCUCCCCUCCCCGAAGGCAAGUUUCCUUGACCACCCAAUUUCACUCGCUCAAGGCUUUUAACCCUGUAUAGCCUCCAAACGAACUUCACUCCCACCUCUCACAUUCUUACGGUCGCGGACCAGCCACCACCUACCCCACGGAGCUUGGGAAUCCCGCCCCCCCUUUGUCUUAGACGGAUCCGUUGGUGCCGCGCCGUAUCAGCUCUUAUCCGUGCCUGAGGAGCAAGCACACUUCGGUGGUUUGGGCUCACAAAUCUACAACCAGCACCCUGCAAUGCGCCUCCGGGAGGCGAUCUGACCGCUCUUACUACACCGGUUACAAUCUGCAAUUCAUUAGCCCGUUGUCUUUCUUUGCCGGUACAUCGUCAUGCCUUCAAUUUUGAACGAUAGCGACAAGGAGACUGUCAGGAGGGUUGUCCCCAAACCUGACAAUAAGAUCCUUGCGGUGGCCGUUGCGCGCCUAUAUGUGGCUCAUCCAGACACCCAGAGAUGGACGUACACUGGCUUACAGGGAGCUGCAGUGCUGGCAAAUGACUUGGUCGGGCGCACAUUCUGGCUGAAAUUGGUGGACGUAUCGCCUGCCAAUAGGGGUGUUAUCUGGGACCAAGAGAUCUACGAUAACUUCGCAUACAACCAGGAUCGCACGUUCUUCCAUUCCUUUGAAUUAGAAGAUUGUCCCGCCGGACUAUCCUUUGCCGACGAGAAAGAAGCCAAGACAUUCAUCAAGAAGGUACAUGAGCGAGAAAAGCAUGCGAGUAAAGAGACGCGGCAGACGCCCUUUGCAUCUACCCGCGGCCAGGGCCCUGCCCCGGUGGUGAAUGGCAAGUCCGGGGUUGGACGAUCGCUAUUUGGCAGCUUACUCGGCCACCGCUCAUCAUCAGGAUCCCAUGGGCCCCCGACGGUGACACCUGCAGAAUUGCCCCCUGCCCCAUCAAUCCAGGUUGCUCCGCCGCCUCCACCUCCAUCCAGCCCACCACGCAAGGAAUUGCCGUUCGACACCAAUGACCCGGCAUUCAAGGGUAUUCUAGACGAGCUCCUGCAAAUGGGCAUCACAGAAGACUUGAUCGCGGAAAACUUUGACUUCAUUAAGUCCUAUAUUGAACAGAAACAAGGCACGACGCCUACCCCGCCUCCUGCCGAUGAUCAGAGGAGAGGGAAAGCUCCCCCUCCGCCUCCCCCAUCUGCACCGCCUGGGCCGAAAGUGGCCACCAUCAGUCCACAAAACACCGGCAAUAGCACUGGCAGCCGACGAGGCGCCCCGCCGCCUCCGCCCCCGACACGGAGAACUCGGAUUGACGCGGCGGAGGAGGAACCUGCUUCGAAACGUGAACCGUCUCCUCCAAGGAACCGGUUCCGUGCCCCGCCCCCAAUUGCAGAUGCCGGUAAGUUUGCUCAUGCUCCGGGUCCUCUGCCUCCCACUCGUCAGCGAGCUUUGUCGGGAGCCACUCCCGGUCCUCCGCCUCCCCCACGGCCUCCGAAGACUCCGAUGGAUGAACCCCAGUCCCGCUUCGGUGUCCCUCCGCCGUUUCAGGGCGAGCGCAAGGUGUCUGCUCCGCCUGCACCACCCAGUCGGCCGGUGCCUUCAGGGCCUCCGCCGCCGCCUCCGCGCACCAUGAGCCCUGCGCCACCGCCGCAGUUACCCCCCAAAGUUCCCAAUGUGUCUGCGCCAGGGCCUCCGCCGCCCCCGCCCCGAAGUCCUUUGCAGCCUCCGCCCCCACCCGUACCUGCCGCUUCCCGGCCUAUCCCUCCUCCGCCGACAUCGAGCGUACCGCCUCCUCCACCCCCGCCUCCCUUGGCAAGCGUUCCCCCGCCACCUCGACCACCUCCAUCCUCGAGCGUUCCUCCCCCACCUCCACCCCCACCAUCGUAUCCUUCUCCUAGUGCAGGACCUCCUGCACCUCCUCCUCCACCGCCCCCUCCACCAACAAGCUCGGUUCCACCUCCCCCGCCGCCUCCGCCCCCGACAAGCACCGGUCCCCCAGCACCUCCGCCGCCUCCACCACCAGGAGGCUCGGUCCCACCACCCCCUCCGCCCCCUGGCGCUGGUGCGCCUCCUCCGCCACCUCCUGGCGGAGCUGCUCCGUCCCUGCCCCAAGCAGAAGGUGGUAGGGGUGACCUCCUGGCUGCUAUCAGGGCGUCUGGAGGAAAGGGAGGCGGUGGCCUGCGGAAAGUUAAGGAUUCUGACAAACGCGAUCGGAGUGCAGCGCUCGUCCCCGGCUCAGCCAGCGAAUCGUCUGCGCCGACUCCCAGUGGAGGCGCCGCCCAAGGAGGCUUGGCAGGGGCUUUGCAGGAUGCGUUGGCCAAGAGAAAGCAGAAGGUCAGCGGUAGUGAUGACGAAAAGGAGGAUGACGACGAUUGGUGAGCCCUGCUUAGUUAUAACUCGCUUUUUUUUUUCUUUGAAAAUCCCUGUUGCUGCCGUGGCUUAGACUUCUCGGAUUUCGCGUGUGAUACCUCCGUCUUGCAGCCUCGAGUUUCUCUUUGUGUUUCAGCAUAUAUUCCCAUCCGGUGCGUGGAGGCGAAUGUCGGGAUUUUCCUUUCUAUUCAACAUUUCCUGCUGGCGAUAAAAAUUAUGCUCGGGAGAUUGGGGCUGUCUGACAGCGGACUCAUUUUCCAGUCUCAAGAAUGGAAGCGCAAUGUUCGGGAACUCCCAGAGAAUCACAAUUAAACCUGGCAACCCUAGAUGGCAACUCUAGGAGAUUGGAUCGUAUCUUGUCCUAUCGGGUGAGUUCCAGGAAUAGCCAAGUUCUAUCAAAAUCAUAGACACGUAUACAGCUCGGCAUGACUAUAAGAAAAC